AUGAUUUCCGAGGACAGCGGAAGUGACAACUGUGUCCUCCGAAAUCCGUCCGUGUUGGAGCAACAAUCACAUCCAAGAUGGAGACCGUUAACGCUGGACAAAUGAUGAGCCUGGCAGCGCUACAGAGGCAAGACCCGUACAUCAACAAACUGCUCGAUGUUACCGGACAGGUGGCUCUCUACAACUUCAACUCCAAAGUGAACGAAUGGGAGAAGACCGACAUCGAGGGCACCCUGUUUGUUUAUGCGAGGUCGGCCUCGCCUCACCACGGCUUCACCAUCAUGAACCGACUGAGCACGGAGAACCUGGUGGAGCCGAUCAACAAAGACCUGGAGUUCCAACUGCAGGAUCCCUUCCUUCUCUAUAGAAACGGCAACUUGGGUAUCUACAGUAUUUGGUUCUAUGACAAGAGGGACUGCCACCGCAUCGCUCAGCUGAUGGUCAAGAUUGUCAAACAAGAGGCAGACCACGCCCAGAGAAAUUCCCCAGAAAGGGCCUUGCCAACGAGGACAAAUGGAGUCGCAGAACCACGGCCCAUCGACAUCCUGGAACUGCUCAGCAAAGCCAAGGAGGAAUACCAGAGAGCUCAGGCAGGUGAAGAUGUGUCUGCAGAGCCGAAUGGGAAAGCAGCUAUCAACGCCACCGUGCAUCCGCACAGCACACCACAACCUGAAAAGAGCUCUCAUACGAUGGUGAAACAGAUCACAGUUGAGGAGCUCUUUGGCUCGUCUUUGCCCAAGGACCCCCCCCUACCCACCUUGCUGGCACACAACACUACCACUGCUUCCAGUGACAGUGACCCCUCCACUGCUUACCUCCACAACCAGUCUUAUCCCACUCCAGCCCACCAGAACCCACUCUUUCCUCCCCAUCUCUCAGCCCAAGACCCUGGGUCAAGUCAGCGGCACCAAGUCCCUGGCCUGCUCCCAGCUCCGUACACAAUACACCCCAGCCCUGUUUUCAGGUCAGUGGUCUCGAGGUCUGACCCCCAACCUCAGUGUUCAGUUUCCCCUCUUAUGGUGCUUCCAGCUGGCUCAGAGGCGCGUGCUGCUCCGCCCGUUCCUGCAGCACCAUCAUCAGCUCCUACUGCAUAUUUAGGACAGGAGAUACUCAACACUCUCAAAGCGGCAGUGCCCUCUGUGAACUCGGACAUCCACAAGCCCAUCCUCGCACCCAACUUCCUGCCCAGCGCGCUGUUCCCACCCCACAGCUUCCAGGAGCCCAUGGGGAAACCUCUUCUCAAGCACAGCAGUGAGAUGGAUGUUUUUUCUCAGCCUCCAAACCUGAUCAAACCAAUGUCUGCGGUCCCCAUGAGUCCAGGUCUUGCUGUUCCAGUGUCGCCGAUUUCUGUGCUUCUCUCCCCCAGCGCCUUCCAGCAGUCCAUCAGUAAGACGGCAGCAUCAGUGGUCCCACCUUCCCCCAUCAAGCCCUCCUGCGCCUCUGUAGGAGCUUUAGAGCCUCCACAAGCAGCCUGCAGCAAAACACAGCUUCAGGAUACUCUGAUUCUCCUCAUUAAGAACGACCCAGACUUCCUUGGUGCCAUUCAUGAUGCUUACCUGCAGAGUUUGUCCAAGGACCUCAGCAGCAUGAAGCUAUAGUCAACGUCAACAAUCAUCACUUUCAGUGCCGCGACCCCUCUGUGACCUGUGAAGAAUUCUCAAGUUAAUGGGACUUAAAGGAAGAUAACAGGUUUUUGACACACUGCACACCACAACUCUUCAAACCCCGUCUGUGUUCUGAGGCCUAUGAUCUCAUGCAGCGCCUCAUUCAACUCACUGUUCCUGCCUCUCAACAUGUCGGUGGUUGUUUUUUGUCUCAGCUGAACUCUUAAGCUGUCUCGGAUACCUGCGUUACCUUGGAUCAACUUAUUGUCUGCUUUGUCGAACCAGAACUGCUGUGGCAGAGAAGGAUGCGUGGCCUUGAGCUUUCAUUUUUACUCUAAACAUAUAAUAAAAGAGUCGUCCACGUACUGGUAAUGUUGAGCUGUUGCUGGUUUAAUUCCCUUGAGGACGUCACCGCGGUGGAACUUCGGUGACGUCAAAUCAUUUAACUUUUGACUUUUUAUGAAAGAUGAUUUUUACAGUUUAAACAUUGUGGGAAUCGGAGACGCUGCUUCUCGUCUCACGUCUUCGGGCUUCUCGCAGUGCGAGACUGGGACCAGUCAGGACACACGAAGAAGAAGAAGGAUCUCUGCUGGGACCUCAGAACUGUUGUGGGGUUUUUUUGCAGACAAACUUUCCCUCUCUCUCUCUCUUUUUCUCUGUGUGGACUUCUCAUUUUCCCUUUUUCACUUCCCCUCUUUAAUGCUGAGGCCUGUACGAACAGCCUUCACAGUUAUUGUAGACUUUUGUGUUUGUCUGUUUGAGAUUGUUGAGGAUUUUGGUUUGGUAUUGUUCAACCCUUGUCCAAGGAAGAUGAAGAACUUUCGGUAUUGUUUGGAGAAGCACUUGCAGCUGAAUCUAAGAAUCAAUUCCUCUCUGUGGUAUAUAAAAACACAGAGACGAACGCACAACCCAGCUUCUGCUUCCUGUCCUUUUCUCCUCGCUCCUCCCUGUCCUCGCUCUUUCUCUUGUCUGCGCUGUUUAUUUGUCCUCCACAAGCGGAGCUCCUACUUGAUGUUCUUUGAGGGGAACAACAGACAACUGUCGCGUUGCUUUUAGGGACACCAGCCUUUUGGGAUACUUUAUGACGGUACAGUAAAGCUACAUUUAACUCAACCUCAGGAUUCUGGUUCUGCAACAAUUCAUAAUUCAAAUAUCAUGAGAAGAAAAAGAAAAAAAAGAGCUAUUGAUUUUUGAGUUAUUGUUAACAUUCCCAUUAAUAUUACAUUUCAAAUCAAGGAGGACUCGUAGCUUCACUAUGUGUAAAACCAGUUUAUAGAAAAACAAACAAGUUUAUACCAGUAAUCAAACUAAUGACGACAAAUAUUAAUUGCCUCCUUUCCUUUUCCCAGCCCACAAUAAAGUCUUAAGUCACAAAGACUUAAGACGGACUUGUUGUUUUUUUGUUGGGUUUCUUUGCAGUAGAAGGUUACUGCAGCACAGAACCGUAGAGCCUGCAGACCACCGAGGGAACAGGGAGAAGCUCAUCGGCCUCCUCCUCAUGUGCAACACUGAGUGGCUGUUUUAUGCUUUUCGUGAACAAAGGAAACCAAUCCAACGUAGAUCAGAAAAUCAGGUUUCAAAGAUUUAGGGGAAAAAAGGUUUAUUAUGUGCCUCGUGGGCAUGUCUGAACACAAGAGAGUGCUAAUAGGUUUCAUUCACCCUGUUCAGCACAUACUUGAUCAUUAAAACAAAGUAAAAGCACGGACAUUUUGGUUUACGGUUGUUCGGUGAUGUUUGAUGUCACUCGUCAGCUCAUGGGCGAUCUGUCUUAUUUUAAGUCAUUCCAGAUGGUGACCUUAGCAGAAUACUUUUUAAGGUUUAACAAACACGAAUUGCAGAUAUUACGGCUCUUUUUGAAUGUUUUCUUGCAGAAUGUCAUGUAAUCCACGUUUGGAGAUAACUGAAGGCGUGAUUAUGAAUCUUUGCAUAAAUACCUGUCUCGAUGGUGGUACUACAGCUUUGCAUUAUGUCCUGCUAUUUGAAUGUAUGUGAUUUCUUGCAGUAUAUAUGUGCCAGUCUAUUUUUGUCCUGCAAAUUUAAGCUGAACAUGCUUUCAGUACCAGCUGUUAAUCAUGUUUUUCUUUCCCUUUUUGAUUUUGCAAAAUUAAGAUUAAAAUUGCGAAAUGACGCAUCCAUAGCCAGUGAGCAGUGAGCAAACCAGAUCAUUUGUACACUUAUUUGCCCUGUUUAUAAUUUUUCAGAAGUAAUCUUUCCAACAAUUCUGCAAUGUGUUGGAUAAAUAAACUCAAAUGGGAGAAAUGAUUGAAAUUAGUUGUUUUAAUCCAGGGCAUAUAUUUAAGAUUUUAAGGUUAUUUUAUGCUUAGAUAUAAUUUAUCUUAUUGGCCAGAGAUAUCAUUUUGGAAAAUUCUUUGCAUAUUCUAAUACUUUUCUAAGAGUGUUGCCACUGUACAUAAUUUGGUUUAUUUUUGACUAUUUUGUGAUAUUAAAGAAUCGAAAUAGAGUUUUCUGUUUUUGUUUGCUGCUGUCUUUCGGUCAACUGUGAAAAUAUGCUUUAAAGAUUAAAAAGGAUUGGGAUUUGUU